AAUACGGCCCUAGUUUUAGGGAAAAAAUAAAGAAUAGCCUUUUACACUCUUCUGUGCAAAACAAGCAUGCACGUAACCAAAUCUGUGUUAACGAACCUUUUACGAAACUUAAUGUAAGUCUACAAAUUCUUUACUUCUAUAAAUAUUUUUUUUUACCCUAUCAUAAUAUGAUUCAUUAGAAUGAAUUGAAUGGUGUCCCUUCCCUUGCCUUUUGUAAACUUUGUCUUGCCUUGUAAUUAGUUUAAUUACAUUGUUGUUGUAGUGUUUGUUUACUUAGAUUUAGACUACUAACUACUACUACUACCACUUAAACUGUAACUGUAGAUUAAUCAAAUUAAUGAAACUGUUAGGUCUAAGCUUUAAAAAUGAUUAGACAAAAUACAAAUUCAGGCUUCCACUGGUAACUUACUGAAUUUGUAAUAGUAAAAUAGAAGUCAUAUUCAUAAUAAUAAUAAUUAAUAAUAUAUAUCAAUGAAUAUAAAUAUAAAUUAUAAUAAUAUCGUCAAAUACUAUUAUGACUAUGAGUCAUUCAUAGUAAUAGUAAUUAGUAAUAGCCUUAAUUAAUAGCUUCUUACACUCUGCACUUUGGCUGCUUCUAAUCUAAUCUAGGGCUAGGGGCUAUUUGUAGUAAACUACCAUUACCAAAAGCUUCCAGUUCCAGAGAGCUAUUUGUAUUCGAAGUGGCUAUAGGUACCCGAGUACCCAUCGGCGCCAAUGACUAUUCGCACCCGAAAGUCUUAGUAAUCGAAAAAAAACAUGAUCCGAACCAGAGGUUUAAUAAUUGACAAGUCUGCCGCGCUUUCUUUUAUAAAAAUGGAGGUUGGCAGCAUUUUUGAUUUGAAGAAGAAUUGAAUUAUUUUUGUAAAGAACUCAAUGUGUGUUUCUCUAAAAGAUCGUCAGAGAAGAUGAAAGAUCCCAAUUUGGAACACCUUAAAUAUGAAUAUAUAAUUCACUGUUGCAAACAAGGAGUUAAACGCAAGUCAAAGUCUUCAAGGACAACAGGCCAAAGAAAAUCACAAGUGUAAGUAAUAAUAAUAGGUUAAAUUUAGUUGGUCUUGUCAUGUAAUAAUUCUUUCUCCAAGCCAAUGAUUAUUACCACGGUAAAUGUAGAGGACGAAUGCCACUAUUUUAUCGAUGGCCGCGACUAAAUGUAUCCCUAAAUCGAUGCCUAUGCCUUUUUUUUAACCUGAACCCUAAAUCGACCCCUCAACCUAACCUAACCCCUAAUUCACUGCAACUAUAAUAAAGAAGCAAAUGACGCCAUGGCAUUCAUGCUCCACAUUAACCCUUACCACUUUUGGCAAUUCAUUGAGAAUUUUUAUAUUUUUCAGUUCUUUCAAAUUGGGAUGCCAGGCAAAGAUAAAGCUUGUUGCCAAGAGAAAUCCAUCUCGGCUAGAAAUUACCAAAUCAAUGCAUGAACAAGUAAGUGCAUGUGCUGCGAAAAAUAUUUACAUAAUAAUAAUAAAUAGCAUAUUCUUGUGGCAGGUACUACAGAUACUAUAGUGUUAGAGAUGGAUGCAUUUUAAAAGAAUGUUUUGUACCAUUCAUUAACCCAUUCAAUCUAGGGUGCUCAGAAAUUUUAUCACUGAAAACUUUAGGUUAAGGUUAGGGUUACCACCCUUACCAUAGAAAGGUUUUGAAAAAAAUUAAGACAAAUCUAUUUAACAGUAUAAUUAAAUUUAAUAAAUUCUAAAUAGUCCAGACAGAGUUUUAAUCUUAAUUUUGAUUAUUGUGACAUAUAAUAAACAUAAAACAUUUAUCCCCAAGGUGAAGGUUAGUUAUUUUUAUGUACACAGCGGUGAGCCCAGCCCUAGGCUGGGGUACCGCACUAUAUAAGACCAAUGUUCCCUCUAAGGUUUGUUGUUUUGUGUGCAAAAUCAUACAGUUAUGUGCAAAGUUUUACAGCAUCAAUUUUUUUGUGUGCAAAAUUUUACAGUCCAGAAACACAAACACACACUUAGAAUGAAAUUUGCUGUGCGGAUACUCAAAACUGCUGCGCAGCGCCUGUGAGAUGGCUGCGCGGCAGCGCAGCUUAAAGGGAACCUUUUAUAAGACCACUAAUAAUAAUAAUGUUUGCAGAGCAUAUUUUUUUACAUAAUACUUAUUAUUGCAAAGUAACCUUUGUGUAUUUUUUUUCCAGAUGUGCCGCUUGUAUCCGGAAAACCGCAAGGUGGAACUAAAUGCGGCAACGCUUCUGUUGAUGUCCUGCACCACGAUUCAGGCAUCUGAGGCCCGGCAAGUGCUUGAACAACAGCAUGAUGUGGAUUUGCUUCCCAGGGAUAUUUACAAUAUUAAGUCAAGAAUAAAUAAAUCAUCUUCUGAUGCAACUGAAACUCAAUCUAUACUUCAUUCUAUAUCACAAGCUGGUGGAAGUGUGUCCUAUGGACUAACAGAAAGUGGGGAAUUUAAGUAUUUAUCAUACAUGACUGAUGAUAUGAUUAGAAUUAUUGCCCAAUAUCCAGAGGUUUUAUUAAUGGAUUUCACAUAUAAAACCAAUAAAUAUUUAUAUCCACGUUUGACUGUAAUGGUUAUUGAUGGAGAGGGCAGGGGCAUUCCUGUUCUUCAUGGUUUUGUAAAAAAUGAAGAUACGGAAUCUAUUUCUCUUUGUUUGCAGCUUCUUCUGAAGAAUUCUGAUUCCAGUCUUUUCAAGUGCUUUGUGGUUGACAAAGACAUUGCUGAAAUCUCUGCUAUAAAUGAUCUGUUUCCAAAUGUACCUGUUAAUCUAUGUCAUUUUCACAUUAACCAGGCUAUGCACAGGUUUCUUUCGAAACAUGUAGGUCCUGAGUAUGUUAAUCCAAUUCUUGAAGGAUUUAUGUCUCAAGUUUAUACUGAGUUCUACCAUAAUGUUUAAAAAUUUUAAAUAUGUCUAGAAAAUUCUUAUCUUUUGUGAAUGUGUGAAUAUGCCUUGCUGAAACUAGUUUUGUUAAAUAUUUUUUUAAAAUAUUUAUUUUUUCACCUUUGCCUGAUAAUUGCACAUUGAAAUGCUUUAAAUUUCAUUAUAUUUGACUCCUAUAUUUCUAAUAUUGCUUAAUUUAAUUUUUUUCUCUUUUUAAAGUGGUCCACUUAGGAUUUCCAUUUAUCUCUGACAUCAAAUGUAUUAUGAGGAAAAGUAUUAUUACCACAUGCUUCAAAUUUGCAAGGUUGUUUCUAUUAUAGUCUCUACAUAAUGAUUAUGAUUGAUCUUAUUUAUUACAUGUCUGAUAAAAAAAACUUCAGAAGUUUUUAUCAUCUUAUUUUUAUUGGGCUCGAGGUAUGUGGGUUGUUGGUAUAAUGCAUUCAUUUAUAUUCUAUCAAUUAUAUCUAUGUUCUUAAAUUGUUAUUUUUAAUUAACGAGUGGAAUGUGUUCAUGGUGUAUGCAUCCAAUGUUGUUUCAGUGUCUUUUUCAGCUUUUAUAGAUAUAGCAUUUUCAUUUUAUUUUUUUCUGACAUCAAUUGAUGAAUCAGGAGGAAUAGUUUUGGAACUACAUAAUUGAAACUUUGCAUGCUUAUUUAAAUUGAGAUUCUUUACUUUAUGAUGGAUUGUUUUUAAACAAAUGUCUCAUAGGAAAAGUUUUCAGAGAAUGUUUGUAUUUAUGCAUUUUAUUUAUUAGGUUCGUGUGUUAAUUUUUUUUCCUAUCUUUUCUGUCUUAGUUUUCUAAUUGUUUUUUAAAUCAUGAAGGAUAUAUGUACAUGGUGUAUGCAUCCUAUAUCGUUCAUGCAGCCUCUAAUUUAAAAAAACACAAUUUUAUUAUUAAUUUUUUUUUUCAUUUUUCUCAAUUUUGCAUUUUCCGGAUUUUUAAGGAACGCCAAAUGAAUCGGGAGGAAAAGUAUUCUAGCUACAGCCUUCAAGCAUUGCAUGCUUCUUUUCAUUGAUAUUCUUUACGAAAUUCUAGAGGCUUUUUAUAUAUAGUUAUAUAUAUAUAUAUAUAUAUCCAACUAGAAAGUUUUAUAACAUUUUUACAUUUGCUACCCCUGAAGAGUUCUCAAAUAUUUAUGUGACCCCCACAUACAUGCCAUUUGUAACAAUUCCAAUAACUGCUGUGUAAUAAUCUUCUUUAAACUUUUUGUCAAUGUUAUUCUUAAUAUGUAUGCCAAGUUUCAUUUACAAUACAGUACAAUAAUUUACAAUACAAUGCAAUACAAAUUUGUUUUUAAUCAUUUUGCGUAAAGUCAAAAUUGGUAUUAAAUGUUUAAUUUUUUGCAAUAAAAGUCACAACAAAUUUAAAAAAAAAAACUUUAGUGGAUUUUUGUCUUUCUGUUUGUGUAUGGUUUGUAUGUACUAUAUUUUUUUCAAUGGGUCUAUUUAUUUAGGUUAUCAGUAUUUUAUUUUCAAUGUGGCAUGACUUAGUUGCCUUGAAACCAAACUCCCUUCACAGAUCACAUAUAUUUGCUCCCUUUCAAUCAUUACGUCUGUACUUCAAUGAAGAAAUGAUACCGUACAAACAAUAGUUAACUGUACGGGUACCAACAAGGAAGGUUAGAAAGUAAAAUGAGACAAAUGGCAAAGGAAUGAUGUGACUUAAUUGAAUGAGUUUAUUGGCUGCCUACUCCAUAUUUGCCCUUAAUUUAUUUUAUGGAUUACUUGAGUACACAACUCAAAUAACUAACAACCAAACAAAACUUUUCUCAAGUCAGUUAAGGGUUUUUUUUUCUAUUAAAUUAUGUACCAGUGUGUUAGACCCAGUAGACAGAUAUGGUAAAAAAAAAAAUAAGACUGGUCCUCCAAAAAUAAGUCUCUUUCUCAUACUUUAUGCAAUGGCAUCCUUUAACUUUAAGAUGUUCAUUGCAACUACCUUGUGAAUUAGGUCAAGUCAAAUGAGAAAGGUUGUUGAAAGGAGAUUCAAGAUACCGGUAUCAGGAAAAACAGUCAGUGUCCGCAUGUAUGACUCCCAGUGCCAAGGAAAAGGUUUAAAAUUGGUGGUUUUGUUCUGACUAAGCCAAGCUCUCUAGAGGAAUAGUUGAAAUUAAUUCAAUAUGAAUGAAAUUUUCAUUAUUUAGAAUACCUAAAUAAUUCAUAAAGUACUGUGUGAUUAAAUCUUUGAACUUAAACAAUACACAUAAAUAAUCUUAAAUAAAGGAUUUAAUUUUAAUAAUUAAAUUAAUAUUAUAACUUUUCUAAAAUUCAAAUGAAAACAAUAAAUGUAUCUUAAAUCAUCUUCAUUAGUAGAUUUUUUUUUUUUUAAAUGAUCUACGAAAAUGGCUUAAACUUAAACUAAAAAAAGAAAAUAAGAACUAAAAAAAAUCUACCGGUACUAAGAGAAAUUAACAAAGCAAAAAUAAAAAAACAACUAAAAAUAAUAAAACUAUGAACCAAUGAAAUAACAAGGAGAAAAAACAUUUUAAAAAAUAAUUCUCAUACUAUUAUUGUUAUCACACCCGGCUCCGAAGCCAUUUAAUAUGUACGGAGCCACUCCGGGUGCGAAUCGUCAUUGGCGACCAUAGGUACCCGGGUACCUAUAGAUGCAGCCAUUUGUAUAAGUAUUAAUAGUAGUCCUAAGUAGUAUUGUUACUAAUAUUUACUAAUAAUGUUUUUGGUGACAUACUAAAAAUGAUUAUAAUUAUUAUUUAUAAUUAAUAAUAGUAAUAUAGACCUAAUAAUAUAGACAUAGAUAGAUGUAGUAGUAGUAUGAUACUGGGGGGAAGGGAAUCAUAGUCAUAGUCUAAUAAAAAUAUACCCAGCUACUUUUUUUUUUAUGUGACCCCUACCCCUCCCCCUGUUAUUGAUUUUCUAGUGGGAGAUUGUCCUGAGUAUUAUUUACACAAUUAAAAAAUUUCAUUGGUUAAAAUGUUUAUCUAUAACAAUAACACAAAUCAAUUAAAAUUUAACGGCUAGGAAUUGCUAUUUACUACAUAUUUUUUAAUGCUAUGCAGAAUCAAUGAUUUUAAUGGCAGAGAAUAUGAUGAAAACAUAACCCGCAAGACAUAAAAUACAGUGGAACCUCUCAUAACGAGCAUAAUUCAUUCCAGAAUCUUACUCAUUAAGUGAAACAAUCGUUAAACGAAACAAUUUUUCCCAUACAAAUCAAUGUAAAAUACGAUAAUGCGUUCCAUGCUGAAAAAAUACUCAUUUUUCAAAAAAUUUUAUUAACAUUUAUUCAAAUAAAAUUACUUAUGAAUUGUUAAGGAGUGUAACAACUUGGAAUACAAUUUAGAUUUGAAACAAAAAACGUAAAUAAAAAUAUGAAUUUAUGAUAAAUAAUUAAUCGUUUUUGCUGAUGCUUCAAAAUUUGACAAAAAUGUGUCACAGCAUUAUCAUUGAAUAAAUUUGUAGCACGAAUAGCCACCUCCUUAUUAGGAUGAUGCUUCUCUAUGUACGAUGCAACAGUUCCCCAUGCUUUCAGCAUUCCUCUUAUUGCGCUAGAAGAUUGUUGCUCUGCUACUUCCUCCUCCAUUAAUGAGCUCUCCAAAAUUUCUUGCUGAGAAACACGAUGCAACUCCAUAAGCUCUUCGGUGGUCAACUCUUGACUGUGCUCUUUCACAAGCUCUUCAAUAUCGUUGUUGUCCACCUCGAGUCCCAUGAUAUUGGCCAAUGACACACUCUCGUUAACUGUAGACUCCAUAGGUACUGUUUCAAAAUCACAUUCAACAACACUCUCUGGCCAGUUCUUUCCAAGCAGAAGUGAGGGAAAAGGGACUUCCCCUUUCUGCGUAACUCGUUAUGCGAAAUAUCGCUCGUUAAGGGAGCAAUUUCUUCACAUUUUUUUGCUCGUUAUGCGAAUUACUCGUUAUGAGAGGUGCUCGUUAUGAGAGGUGCUCGUUAUGAGAGGUUCCACUCUAUAUACAAACAAAGAAAAAUAAUUAUAUUAUGUCUUGCAAAUUCGAUUUUGAGUGAAUUUCUGAGACUAUACACAAAAAAUUAAUUUUGAAAUGCACUUUGACCAGACAGCUGUCUAAAACGUGAGCUUACUUUUUUGGCAACAUAUUGUAUUGGAGAAAAAAAUUCGGAAUUUCUUAAGAGUGAUUUCAGUGAUGUAACUAUCUCCAAUUAGUACUUUUUGAUAGUGAACUACCAAUAGCCGCCUAGAAGCUACUGGUGGUAGAGUACGAAUAGCUCUCUAGAAGUUAACUACCAAUAGUCGUAGUAUUUUCAUUUAAGAGUAAAGAGAUGCAAAAGUUUUCAAAAUUGCUCACAAAAGACAGUCGAAAAGUUGCUUCCUUUUACGGCAACGUACAUUUAUGAUUUUUCACUCAAAUUGAGUCAAAUGAACAUAGAAACAUAGUAAAGAAAUCAAUUAUUUAACCCCAAAACAGUAGCCGCAUUUUCUCUGACGCUGAUUUAAAAUAGCCUUAAUUUUUAAUUUCAUUGUAAAAAAAAAAUGAAACAUCAUUUCUACAAAAUUUGAACAAUUUUUUUUUCAAAACUCUUUUUGCUCCAUCAUGAGGAUUUUAUUGAUUUAUUUUGUUAAAUUCAUUUUGUACUUUGGGGCCAUCCAUAAAUGAUGUCACACGAUUUUUUACCCGACCCCCCCCCCCGCCCCCUUUCCCCAUCGUCACAAAAAGUUAGACCCCCCCCUCAAAUAUAAUGUCACAAAUUUAUGCAACCCCCCCCCUCCUAAAAAAUUCCCUGUGUCCACUACUGUCCUUUACAAACCUUUAGAAAUUCACCUCCCAUGGAUAUCAAAUUACUGCACCUGUGUCGGAGACAUUUCACUAGAGUGGUUCUUAACCAGGGGUAAAAGUACCUACACAGCCCUGAGGUGCAGAAGACCAGAAAAUUGUAUUUGCUGCCAUUGCUAGUUGCUAUUUCUUUUUUUAAAUCAGUUUUUAUGCAUCUUGAUUAUCAGCAGUAAAUGUUUUUCUGGUGAAUUUUUUUUUUGCUGAUGCUUGUAUUGAUAAUUUUUUCCUUGUUUAUAAAAAGUUAUUUAAAGAAUUAAAAUUACAAUAACUAAAUUAUUUAUUUUCAUAUUUUAAAUUUUAUUACAAUAUAAUUUAAACGAUUGGGGGGUGGGGGUGGUUUAAAACAGAGUGGGUCUGCAGCGCUGAAAAAAAGUUUAAGAAUCCCUGCCCUAGCGCAAUUACCAAGAUCAUCCCCACCCCCCCCAACCGGGUCAACCAUUUUUUUCAUUCCAACCCACGUCCCAUGGUAGAACUACUUGUAUGACUCCUUUGUCCACAUUUAGCCAUAAAUUAUCACGACUAUCAUUGUAACUCCCCGCUGGCCAUCAGAAGCCAUUUUUCGGACCUCUUAUACCUGUACUGAUUUUCACAGUGAUCGUAGUUUUAAAGAAUAAUGUUAAAAAUGUCUGUAAUUGAAGGCUUUUAAGUUUCAUUCCUUACCCACGUCACACAUCGUCACAAAAAUCUACCCCCCCCUCCUAGACGAGGGACAUCAUUUAUGGAUGGCCCCUCUUAUGUGUAUAGUUGUUAAAUUUUGGGGUAAUGUCUAAAAAAGCUCACUGCCCCCUGUAUGACGCCACAGUGGCAUGGCUGUCAAAAUUUUGUAUAUUCAUUCCAAAAGUUUUGUUUAAAGGUAUGUGAAAAAGUAUUAAAAAUAUAUAUUCACAACCACAAAUCCACUAAACAUAUUCCAAAAUCAACACCAAAUAUAUGAAGAAAAAAAAUAGACAAAAAUGUGUGUGUGUAUGUGAAUACAAGUACUAAAAAAUCAAUUAAUUGAAAAGCAUUUCUCAAGCAUAUAUUAAAAUAAUUUUUAAAAAGUAGGCCUAUAAAAAUAAUGCAGCACUAUCUCUAUGUAGUAUACCGGUAGUAUUUAAUUCCUAGAGUAGGCCAGAGGCUAGGCCCUACUCAGUCCUCAGUUUACACCAUUGCCUAAUCUUAUAAUAGGCUAUACCACUUUCAAUAAUUAUAAUUUGUUAUCCUUUUUAAUUGUUAAAUAAUUAUGCCUAUGGCUUUGUCACACUAAAAGCUAGUUGUAGUAAGGUAAACCCGUUUCUUAAAAUAAUUGUAACUACUUUAAUUAAUAUCUUGCAAACUCACUUGUAAAACUUCCUGGUCCCACCACACACCAGUUAAGAACUACUAUCUAAGUCCUAUUGAGUAAUACUAAUAAUGUAUUUAAAAUUCAUUCAGUUACCUCUACCAUGUAUAAAAGUAUCAUUAAUGAUUCAUUGACACAGCUAGCACUUUAUAGAAUAUUUAUAAUAUAGUGAGCUUUAGUUUACCUAAAAUUUCUUUUAUCACUAUAUAUUUAAAACAAUUCAUUUCAGAAUUUCUGUUGAGUCUCAUACUGAAAAGUUUUCAACACUCUCCUUGCCAGUGCAGAGAAAAGCAGUUUUAUUACCAACAAAUUUAUCGUCUUAUUAUCAGCAGCACUUUCUUAAAUCAAAUAUGGCUGAAGAUGCUGAAGCUGGGAAAAUAGCAGCUGCUAACAGAGCGGUUGAUGAGAACAUAGAGCAAGGUCAAGUUGUAGGCAUAGGAAGUGGAUCAACCAUUGUCUUUGCUGUAAAAAGAAUAGCUGAGCGAAACAAACAUGCAAAUCUCAACCUGGUUUGCAUCCCUACAUCAUUUCAAGCCAGACAACUCAUCGCAGAGCAUGGGCUAACAUUAGGCAGCCUAGAAACCUCACCCGUCAUUAAUGUGGCCAUUGAUGGAGCUGAUGAAGUUGAUGACAAUAUCAAUUUGAUCAAAGGUGGAGGUGGCUGUCUUAUGCAGGAAAAAAUCAUUGCUUCCUGUGCUAAAAAAUUGUUCAUCAUUGCAGACAAUAGGAAAAACUCCAAAGUUUUGGGCACAACAUGGAAGAAAGGAAUCCCCAUUGAAAUUUUGCCCAUGGCCUACAAGCCACUGCAGCUGAAAAUAAUGGAGUUACUUGGUGGCAAUGCUCAGCUGAGGAUGGCGGCUAGAAAAGCAGGUCCUGUUGUUACAGACAACGGAAACUUUCUGAUUGACUGGAUGUUUGAUGGGGAGCAGGAUUGGGACCAUGUGAACAAGACAAUUCUGAAUCUCCCUGGUGUCAUUGAGACUGGAUUAUUUCUGAAUAUGACCACUGCAGCUUAUUUUGGAUCUCCGGAUGGCAGUGUAGUUGUCAGAAAACAAAAUGCAUAAUUUCACAGGUUAAUAAUUAUGCGUGUCCAUUCCAAACUGUUCAACUUGUUUUUUUUUUUAAUUUUCCAAAUCAGGAGUAAUUUUUCAUUCAGUGCAGAAGUUAAAAAUGAGUCUUUUAAUACAUAAUAUUAAUUUCUGACUUACCAGUUAAUAGGAUUUUUUUAACUUAUUUUUGUGGUAAUUAAGGUUUUAAAACGUUUACAUUUUUACAUAAAAUAUUCUAUCUCAGGAAGACAAGGGAUGUCUUUUUCUUUUUUUAUAAUCUGAUAUUUUGUUUGUUGCUCAUAUACGAGCAUACAAUUGGCAGCCAAAAUCGCACAAGAUGUUUCACAACUGCUUCGGACAAAAAAAGAAUGACAAAGCAUAUGGGUGGCCUGCAUGCUAGGGAUACUUACACACAAAAACACACCAAAAAUGUGGACCAAAUUUCAAUUUUGGAAGUACCCUGUCCAUUAUAAAUGUAUAAAUUAAUUAUGACUUAUGUGUAGGUGUUGCCUUCUGUCUACAGUUCAAAUGUGUGCCCCUAUUGAUUGAUAGCUUCCUUGUUUCUCUGACCUAGAAAUGAUUUCCUUAACUUAACUACUCCUGCAAUAACCAUAAAGUCAAUGAAUGCAAAAGAGGAAGCUUUCCUUGUCUUUAUUAUAAACAAUUUAAAUAACAAAAUAAGACCUCUACACCCAUUUAAAACUUAGAAUAUUUGUUAUUCUUAAAUACAUCAUUUAUUUAGAAAUAGCAUGGUAUUUAAAGGUGUUUAAAAUCUAGUGUUGGAAUCAUUCAGUUGUAGUUGUUAAAUUUAAGCUAUUCUACUAAAUUGGUUUGGAAAAACAUAAAUAUAUUUUUUAACUUAAUUUAUAAAAUGGAUAAAUACACUAUCAUUUUUCUAUUACUAACAGUACCAAAAUCUGGUUGUUGCUUGAUUUGUAUAACAUUGCUGUUAACCCCACAUAACCUUCUAUUGCAGUCUUUCCUAAGGGUGUAAUAAGGGGAGAGACUGCAAUCAGGUUAGUACAGUCUUUCCUAACCUUUUCUAUAUUCCACAUCCCUUUGAUCGAUUGGCAAAGUCUGGCACCCCAUAGGAAAGUACCAAAUCAUUUUAAAAACUGGAAAAAACAGGGACUAAAUAUUUAAUCAAAAUUUAAUUUUAUAGAGAGCUUUUGACCUUAUGCAUAAAAAUACUGAAAAUGAAUAAAAAUAAUUUAUUUCAUAACUUAAAAGUCAAUUGCUCCUCAGUUCUUCUAAUCACCUUUUCCUGGCAUCCCCUGAUUGGCCAGUUUGCACACCCUCCCCACCCCAGUUUGUGAGACCUUGGCUUAUUGGAUAUGUUAGCUCUGGGUAUAAAGGAAUUCAAUGCAUUUAAACUUAAAGCUAAGAGAAAGAACCUGUUAAUAACUUUGUCUACUCGGUUGUGUAACCUCUCAAUAAAUGUUGAGAUUUUCAAGUGUUUCAAAAACAACCUUGUUGUUGCUAGCUGUGAUAAAUGUCUUAUUUUUUUUCAGUCAAUUUAUGUGGGUUUUUCUUUAAUGUCAUGUUUGUAUCUGCAGAAAGGAGCAAACUUUUCAAAAUAUCUUCAUAUUGUAAACACCAGAAAGUGUUCCAAUCAUUUAAUUUGUUUUAUUUUUCUCCCAGAAAUUUUCUUGUUUCCUUUUCUUCAUCACCUGCACAGAUACUAAAAGUUAGUUUUUUUUAAAAAUAUCUUGUCCAUUGUUGUGCUCAAAUCGGAAUGUUUAAUUUUGCAAUUCUUAAUUAUUUUUUUCUCUCAUUGUAAAUAUUGCAUUUUUGUUUAUGUGGUUAUACGCAGUCAUGAAAUAUAUCAUACUAAAACAUUACUUGUUUGGCUUGUAAUCCAGAUUUCUGAAUUAAACCAAUUGUAUCUAGCACACGACUUAAGCUUGUAUAUUCCACUGCUUUAUAUCAGGAAGA